AUGUCUAAAUACAACCAACAAACGCAUGUGAUAGUAGUGGAUGAAGCUAUAGAGAGAUUAGAUCCAUGUGUCAUUUUACAAACGAUUUUGUUCGGUGUCUUUAAUAACUCGAGUAUGAUCAGUACUGAAAAUAUUCCUGGAUCAUCGAAGCCGAGAAAUGAAAAUCAUAGAGACUCACUAGAAAUAUCUCCAUUAACAAAGAGGCCCAGGGCUGACAUGACUGCCAAUGAAAAAUCUAUAACUUUAAACGUAUAUAGACAUCUUACGAGGUCUUCAGAGUGUUAUGGUCCUAGUAAAGGAGAGAAUAUUCAAAAAACAGCAGAAAUAAUUGGAACCUCGUUUAGAACUGUCCAGCGCAUUAUUCACGAAUAUAAAGUUACAGGAAAAGUAACGACCCCAAACCGAAGCAAGCCUAAAUAUGAUAUCGUUGGGACUCUAGACGAUUUUAUACUAUCGGCAAUAAGGAGAAAGGUCAAUGAAUUUUACUUGAAUAAGGAGCAUCCAACCCUUGAUCAAAUUACACAUGCUAUUAACAAUGAUGAUAGUCUGCCCUCAUUUUCUCGAUCAACAGUUUACAAAAUAUUAAAAAAACUCAAUUUUAAAAACAUGAAACCAUCAAGAAAGCAGAUGCAUCCUAAUAUACCAAGUGGAUUUAAUGAUGAAAUGAGAGAAAAACAUAAUGUUAAUCUAAACAAUGUUUGUAGAAUUUGUUUAAACUGUGACGACAAUACUAUAAAUUUAUUUGAAGAAGAUAUCAAAUCUAAGGAAAUACUGAAGACCAUAUUUGAAUGUUUUCAAGUAGAAUUAUGCAAAGAUACGUACUUGCCCUCAAUUAUAUGUAGUGGUUGUGUAAAAGAAUUGGAAGUUGUGGAAGCUUUUAGACAGAAGUGCGUCACAUUUAAUGAAAGGUUCUUGGAAUUUUUGAACACCAAAGAAGCCAAGCCUAUUGAUCAAUCAGAGGACUUUAUCAAGAUUGUAAUUGACAGCAUUGAUCCCUUAUUAGAAAUUAAACAAGAACAAUUGGAGAUAGACAAUAAUCUAAGAGAAUGUAUGACAUGUAAUGAAAAAUUUGAAAGUGACCAAUUACUUGAACUACACAUGCUUAAGCAUGAGAGAGCAGGUCAUCUAACGCUGAUUACAGGAGUUGGUGGCAAUAGGCGUUACCAAUGUACAAGAUGCACCUUUAGUACUCCACACAGUCAAACAUUGGUGAAUCACAUACGACGACAUAAUGGAGAAAGACCAUUCCAUUGUGAAUGUGGCAAAUCGUUCACACAAUCAUCGAGUCUCAGUGCUCAUAGAAAAACACAUAGUGCUACUGCAUGCUUCAUAUGUCCCGUGUGCGGAAGACAAUUCAAGCAUUCUUUUAGUCUCAAGAAACACUCUAGCGUUCAUGAAACUGCUCAGUUCACCUGUACUAUUUGCCAGAAAAAAUUGAAGACCCAAAAAUCCUUGGAGGAUCAUAUACACAGGCAUAACAAUGUAAGAAAUUACAACUGUGAAGAUUGUGGAGACACUUUUGUCACAUCUUCAGAAUUACUGAACCAUCAAAAGAAACAUAAGAAUAAGUUCGUCGAGUGUCACUUGUGUGGAUAUAAGACUCAUGCGAAGAAGAAUUUAAUUAUUCAUCUUAAAAGGCACACUGGAGAUAAGUCAUACAAAUGUGACGUAUGUAGUGACAUGUUCUUCUCCCGUAGCGACGUAGAGCGACACCAGCGCGUCCACACCGGUGAAAAACCGUAUAACUGCCCCGUGUGCCUCCAAGGAUUCCGGUACAGCACUGGCGUAAACAAACAUAUGCUCACCAUUCACAAUGUCAAAUACAAAUGGGCAGAUGCCAAGUGGACAAAACCUAGAAUAAACAAUGUCCGUAGUUUGCGCGAGCAGUACACAUUUAAAUAA